CAAUGGUAUCGUGCGAAUCGCGCAGUUUUUGGGACGAUCGCGGGUCGCGCGGAUCAAUCAAGCAUUUGCGCAAAAGGGAACGAUCUGCGACGGUAAUUGGCGCCAUGGCAUCCGAACUCCUAUCCGUAUUACUGCUUUCGACUUUGCUUCUGAUCAAUGCAAAGCCAGAAGGACACGCACACUCUUUUCAACAUUUCCAUGGUCCUGUGUUGGGCAACGAGCACGAAAUCAUCUGGAAUGACGACGACGGACACUCCCACGAGGACUACGUCGCUCAUCCACAUUAUACCUUUUCAUACGGGAUCGAAGAUCACCAUACGGGCGAUUAUCACGGUCAAAAGGAGCAAAGGGAUGGUUCGGAGGUGUUUGGAGAAUAUACUGUGAAGGAACCAGACGGCAAUAUUAGAACCGUGAAGUACCGUGCGGGCAAGGACGGAUUUCACGCCAAAGUGCAUAACAGCCACCGAAAGGAUCAUCAACAAGAUCAUGAUCACCAUCAUGAUGAUUAUUUUUAAUUGCUUGAUAAAGACCGGACCUAUUACCUCCCCAUCAAACUCGAUUGUUUUAUACCAUGCAAUACUUUGUUUUUUUUUAUAUCCAUUAUUCUUAUUGAGUAAUCGUUGACAUUUAAUUUACGCUAUACUCAUUAAAAGAUCGGUCAAGUACUUUAGCGUUUUCGUUCCUCUCAGUUUUUCACGGUGAGUCACUCGUCUAGUUUUACAGCUAGUUUCAUAACAAAGUCAUUUUCAUAAAAGCCUUUCAAUAUUGCGAAGUGGCCUUAAAGUUGUUAUGAAAACUCGAUGAGUUAGUCAAUCUCACAAUUAACAGACUGAAGAAUUGCUUUGAAGGAAAUGAUUACUUCUUUCAAGGAAGUACAGCUAAUUAAUAACCGGCAACAUUGAAUUGUUAAUAUCCGAGGAAAACGAUUUGAAUAAAGAAAUAGUCUUGCGAAAA